UCAGGCGGGUGGGAGGGGGUCGUCUCUCAUGGCGACGACCAGCGAGCGGGACCGGGCCACAGAAGGAACGGACGCCGAAAUUCAGCUGUUACCGGCGCUCCCCGCCGUCACUGUACCUCCCGAAGAAGUGGUAGUAGUUGCGGCGGCGGCGGAGGAGGAGGAACAAGGGGAUGUUGAGGCGCCCCAACCGGCCAAGGGGAGGGAUCCGAGCCUGGCCGUCGGCCCCCCACCGUCUCUACUCGAGACCCAGGAGCUGGCCUCCAAGCGGGUGGACAUCCAGAACAAGCGCUUCUAUCUGGACGUGAAGCAGAACGCCAAGGGACGCUUCCUGAAGAUCGCCGAGGUGGUGGGCUCGGCAGGCCGCAAGAGCCGUCUGACCGUCUCCAUGCCGGUAGCGGCCGAGAUGCGCGACUACCUGGGAGACUUCAUCGAGCACUACGCCCAGCUCGGGCUGACCGGCGGCGGAGCAGGAGGAGGAGGUGGCUUGAGGCGGCGGCGGCGGCAACAGCAGGAGGAAGACGAGGAGGUGGCGGCUGCGGGGGUACAACAGCAGGCGGCGCUGGCCCAGCCCGAGGCCCAGGCCCAGCCGCAGCGGGUGCUGAAGAGCGAGUCCCUGGUGCGGGAGAACCGCAAGUACUACCUGGACCUGAAGGAGAAUCAGCGCGGCCGCUUCCUGCGCAUCCGUCAGACCGUGAGCCGAGGAUCCCCCAGCUGGGGCUACUCGGCCCAAGGCCAGACCAUCGCCCUCCCGGCCCAGGGCCUCAUUGAGUUCCGGGACGCCCUGGCUCGGCUGAUCGAGGAUUAUGGAGUCGCCCCAACGGCGGCGGCGGCAGCAGUUGGAGGGGGAGGCCUGCUAGACGAGGCUGGGAUUCCGGGGUCGCUCGAACUGCCCGAGGGGAUCUCGGUGCCGGUCGAUAACAAGCGGUUCUUUUUUGACCCGGGCUCCAACCGGUACGGGGUGUUCCUGCGGCUGAGCGAGGUGAAACCCUCUUACCGCCACUCCAUCACCGUGCCGUACAAAGCCUGGGCCCGCUUCGGCGACAACUUCCUCCGGUACGCCGAGGAGAUGAGGGCGAUACAGGAGAGGCGUAGGGACAGGAGGGCCGAGCUAAGCCGAGAGGUCGCCGCUGCCGCCGCAGACGGUGCCCAAGAAGAGGAGGAGGAAGAUUGACAUCGCUUUCUGACCUACGGAGGCAGAAGGUGCUGGAAAGAGCUCAGCAGGUCUGGCAGCAUCUGUGCAUCGAGAAGCGGUGUUACCGCUUCGAUCCAAUUUGUCUGUUUUGGAACUCAGUUCCUUUUAACCCAAUGCAAAGCCACCACCCCCCGACUCAGUCAUCUCCCAUCUUUCUCGAUUCCCUCUCCCAGCCCCACCUCCGGUUCUCCACUGUAUCUCACCCAAUGCCCAUUAGCGAUUCCUGUGCUCCCCAAUUUUCAGUUGGCGUCUCGCAGCUUUUCAGGCUCUGAGACUGAGUAGUCAGGUGCUUGAUGACCAGUACUGACAUGAUUAGCCGAAGGGCCUCCUUUGCUGUAAAACACAUUCAGUUGGCAUCUUGUAGCCCCACCCCGUCUCCCAAGUUCCCAAUUAGUGUCUUGAGGCCUUCCAGCUGCUUGGUUGAUAUCUCAAAGACCCCAACUCCAAUUCUCAGCCAGCAUAUUCCCUAGCAAAUUCUGGCUCCCCCUCUCCCUCUCCCUGCCCCCAUCAUUUCUCAUAAGCUGGAUGUACAGGACACAGUUGCAUAGCAGUAAGGGUUUGCCCUGCCAUUCAAAUAUUAAUCGUCAAACUGUUUCCACUCCAAUUUGUCACCUGCUUGCCAUAUUCCUUGAUGCCCUUCGAAAUAUAAAAUCUGUCUCAGCCUUAAAUAUAUCCAAUAAUGGAGCAUGCACAAUCCCAUCUGGGUAGAAAAUUCCAAAGAUUCACAACCUUCUGACUGAAAAUAGUCUCAUCUUAGUUCUAAAUUACUGGCUCCUUGUCAUGAGACUAUGUCCCCCAUGAUCUAGAAUUUGCUGUAAGAUAUCGUGUCAGUGUCUAUCCUGCACAUUAAUUAUCUUGUGUGUUUCAAUCUUAAACUCCAGAGAAUACAGAUUCAUUUACUCAGCCUAAAAUUAUUGACCAAUCUCAACCUGUCCUAUGGAGAAAUCUGAUGUACCUUCACUGUCUGACACCCAUAUCGUUUUCCCCUUCACCACAAAUCAUCAUUUUUAAUCCCCAUAGAUCAUUAUUGUCUAGCCUUCCAGAUCUUCAACUUGCCUCCUUUUAUAAAUCAUCUACCUCACUAUCCCAGGUCAUCUUCUCAUUUUCACCACCCCACUGACCAUUUUCUCUAACCCUCCCCAAAUUAUUGUUUUGUCAUCUUGUUGCCUUCAUAGACCAGCACCAUUUUCCAAACUCCGAAUGUCACCGUUAUCUUCCCAUCUCCCCAAAUUAUUAUUGUCUGGCCGCAUUGCCUAUUGCUCACCACUUUAACCCAGAAACCAUGCCAAAUGAUUGCAUGUACAAUGCAGGAAAAUUAUCUGGCUCCAUUUCAUUCCACUGGUUCAUCCCUUGGAAAAACAAAUUGGAGAUGGAUUUACAUGCUCGUUUCAGCUUAAAAUGAGCUGGAGCUUGCUGUGCUUCAUAUUAUACUUUAAAACAAAACUCUCCAACCAAGCUUUCAGAAUUUUUUAAAUUAUACAAGCGAGAAGCACUUUUAAUAUAACAUACAGUUGCUUUAUCUUUUUGAGUACAAACAGGAAUAGACUGGAAUCUCAACUGUUUAUGGCAAAAGAUAUGGGCACCUAUUCUCAAUGAACAAUCACAGCUUACCUGCUGUGAGUAAAGUUGAGCAACUUAGUUCAUUUGAAUAACAGUAAUGAGCUGCAGACCCAUUCUAUCUUUGAAAAAAUCCAGCUUUUUAAAAAGCUUUUAAACUAUCGAAGCCUUUCUAAUUGCCACUUGUGGCAAUUUAAAAUUCAAGUCUUCUAAAAAUUCAAAUCAGCACAAAGUGUGAUAUACAUUUGCAUGUACUAUAUAUGUGAUAUUUAGUUCACCAAAAAUUGAUCAGUACUUUCUAGACUAUUCAGUCCUGAAUCUACAAUAUGUACCACAUCCAGAGAAUAUCUAUUCUCAUCCCCAUUAGAAAAGAAAAUGGGGUUCCAAGGUAGGCAAUAACAUGCUAGAUAGUUUAGCUUGUCUGAUGCACUUUAAUCCAGUUAUAACCAACAUGACGAAGUGCAUUAUAGAUAUGUUGUUCCAUACUUCUAUUGAAUAACCAUGAGAAAUAAAUUACAGACCAGUGUGCCAUAGGAUUAUCUCCAAACAAGAAAGAACUGUCCAAUCUGAAUUGUAAGAAUGUGUAAAAUUAUUCCUUUUUAUCGGACGUAGUUUGAGGGGACAGAAAAAAACGUAGUUACAGGAUCUGACAGGUAAAAUAACUGUGACAAAUGUUCAAUAGCCUAUAAUUUUUUUUGCACUUUUGAAGAAUCAAAUUUGGAUGCUGCUGUACUCUCCCUGUAUAAACUGGGGACAACCAUUCUAUAAAGUUUUGUUAUGCACAAAGGCAGACCAGUGCAGUGCCUGUUACUUAUCUAAACAAAAUGGCAAACUUGCAAUCAUUUCACUUGGCUGCUAAACAUAAUCUUUAACUAUAAAUAUCAGCAAUUAUUACGACAUGGGUAGAAUAGCUGUACUGCAGUUACUUUUAUAAUGAUGUAAACAGUGGAUAUGCCUGCAGUACUGGGUUCAAGGCAGUAAAUCCUCUGCUUCAUCAGAAAGGUAUAGAACUUUUGAUAAUAUUAAUGGCAUUACUGGGGAUUUUUCAGAUUUGUGGAUGUACCUGUGUUAUGACUAUGGUACUCCCACACAGGUUAUUCUGUAGUAUUAUGACAGCUUUUUGCACUGUGACCUAUUAUCAACAGCACAUGAUGUAAUUUUAUAACAUCGGUUGAAGUUAUCUAUUUUGUGUAUUUGCCAAGCUGCAUUACUGUGUACUAUAAAACUAAAUGCACUGCAAGGCAUUAGCAACAGUUUCAAUAACAUGCAGAAAAGACCUGGAGAUAUUUGGAAAAUAAUUACCUCUAACUAGCAGAGCUGACAAAUCACCUGCAACUUAGCCCUCAUUUUACUGUUGAAGUCCUUCAUCCCUUGCGUUUUAAACUUUGCAUGAGACAAUCAUGAAGCUAUCCAAGCAUUUCACCAUGACUAUUGUAAAUGUGUAAAUUCAUUCAGUGACAAUCAAUGUCAUUUUGUUAUAGCUUAGUUAUACCCUGCCUGUUACAUUAUCUCUCUCUCCUACAAAGAAAGUUUGUAUUUUGCAGGUAAUAUUAUCCUUUAGCUCCUGAUAAAGUUGCAAGUAAACUGAUGUUAGGAAGUUAUACAUUUAUUUAUUGAUGCAAGUUGCAGGGAGGAUAAAGGAGGGAAGUGUUUCAAAAGGCAGAUUCAUAAAACUGUGUAAUCAGUUUACAUUUUUAAAAAAAAACUGCCUGCCUUCUAAAAGGGCAUGUGUAGUAUGUUUCAGUACUCAUGCAUAUCUAUUUAUGUCAAGCUUGAGAUCAAUCUCUUCUAAUUUUGUGAUGUAAUGGUUUAUAAUCCACAGUAAUGCUGCAGUACAGCCCUCCUUGAAAUUAAAAGGUGCUACUCUUAACCUGUUUGCAUCAUGGAGAAUGUAUUGCACAUGGGCACUGUGCAGUUGAUGCUUACUUGUGCCUUCAGUCAUGUGCAAAUUUGUGAUACAAUCAAAAUCAGAGCAGAUAAGCUAUCUAAAUUAAAAAGGAUAAAGUUUUUUUAGUGUGCUAGGUUUGUAGAAAUACAGCCCACAUGAAAUUUCCAUACACUGAAGGUUAUUGUGAAUGAUUGCAGUACAAUCAUAAAUGAGGACUAGAAAUGUGUAUAAAUUAAGCAUUUUUACAUAUUCUAUGGUAUAGAAUUUGCUAAACGUCAUUAGCAAUAGAUCUUAUGAAGGUAAGUCCUUUCUUUACAAAUCCGUUUUCACUGAACUGACUCCUAAUUUAGUUAAGUAAAUUAGCUGUAGAACAAUGGUCAUAAUUCUGUGGUUGUGAUGGUACGACCCAAUUAUCAGUCUAUUCACCUGUACUACCAACUGUAUAAAGAUGUUCUAUUUAUGGCUAUUCAGUAGCAUUUAAGAUUUAUAUGCUUCGUUAUUUUUCUUCCACAACUGUUCAACUUCCUGUUUACUGAGAUAUUGUACAAGUAGGCUUCCAAGCAUCACCAAUCUUGAAGCUAAAACGUUGUAACCAUUAAAAGCUAUAGUAGCUACAUUUAUUUACUUUGAUUUUCUUGCAAUUUUUGCCUUGAUAUUCUGUUUCAGCUUUAGGGUUGUAAAUGACUUUUUAAUGACGUUCUCAAUUUAGUAAAUUAGCUACCUUUGUGGGGAAAGGUUUUAUGGAUCCAGGUAUUUUGCUCCUCCUAAGUUGGACUAAAACACUGAAUGAUAUCGAUCAGGCCAAUUCAUUCAUCUGCAUUCAAGAAUCUCGGUAGUAACUAAGUCACAUAGGAGAUUGGAACACAUUCAGUUCUCUGACCUGGGUCUGAAGGUAUCUCAGAUGAGUGAAAAUGGAAAAUCUCGCAUCCUUAAAGAUUUGACAUUAAAUUUACAUCAUUUUGACUGUGCAUUGACCACAAAUUGUCAAUUUCCCUUUGUGUGGAAGAUAGAGAAAUGUAUGGUUUUGUAAUAUUUCUGCAGUCAGUUAAGGGACACUGUUGAUUUAAAAGAAAUGUUGAAGCAGAGCUCUGCAUCAAAUCUGUACAAUAGCCGAGACGAGAGUAGUUAAUGCUGAUGCUAGGUGACAGAAUUGCAAGGAUUUAUAGUCCGGGUCUUCAUAUAAACACCCUUGAUUUGCUGACUCACUUCUGUCCCAAAAUAUAUUACGGGUAGAAUCUGGUAAUAGUCCAGCAUGGUAUCACUAGUUUUGAUCGCACCACAUACAACACUUUGAAAAUUAACUCAAUUUGUGUAGCAUUUAUUGCUAUUGGCUUUCUAAAUUUUCUGCAAUGUUGUGUUUUUUAUUUGAAACUUAUUAAAUCUAUGUUCUUAAUUGAUACCAUGCUGACAUCAUUCCAGAUGGUGGCAUGUCGAUGUUUUGCAGUGCGCAUUAAAUUAUCAUUUGGGUCAAAUGUCUAUUGUGUAUUGGCAAAUUACUAUUGCUGUGAAUGUUGAAUACAAUUAUCUACUGUACUGACUGCUUGUAUCCUUAUCCUGUUGACUUUAUUUUUAGAACAGAUCCACAGUUGAGAUGUUUGCAUGUUUUGAAUCUGAAGUAUUAAGUUUAGUGCACUAGGCAGAUGUUAAACGAUUUUUAAGAAUUCUAUAGACAACUUAAGCAGAAGUUGCAAACAGUGUGUGUGGUCAAUCAACUGUUGAGAAAAGUGCAAUAGGAUUUGUAAGCAUUCUACGACUUAAACAGUCAAGUUUUGCUUUGCUUUUUGUGCUGGUUUAUCUUUGUCUUGCAAGAUGUUAAUCCAUUUGCUCGAUUUACUAGAUUGUAGCUAAUUAUACCCAAUUUGGGAUGUAUAUGUUUUGAGGACAAAAUAAGUUAAUCUCCAUGCAUGCUUCUAUGUAAUAUGUAGACAUAUUAGAUCAAAAUUACAUAAUCAAAACUCGAGCACCAUUUAAGAAUGAGAAGGUAGUUCAGUAGUAAAGGUACCUGCUAUCUUCAAAAAGAAGGUUUAGAACAUAGUGCAAAUAUCUAAAUAGCUCAGAAGUUGAUCUUGUAUAAAUAUAGUAUAUGAGCAAGGCCACUGAGGACUCUACUAAUUCUGUAAGUGCUCCAUCUUUGUUUAGACUUCAAAAAUCUUUGACAAUAUCAGUAGUAUGCAGUUAAAGGAGAUGUAAACAAUACUAAACGAAAGCUGCCUAUCAAAAGAUUGAAUCUUCAGACAGAUUUUAGAAUUGUAAGUUGUAUGAAUACAUAUUUCAGCAUAGUCAAAUUUUAUGGAGCAUGAUGAUUCCUGUGCUGUUGGUAUAAUGGUGAAAGCAGGUGUUUGGGAUUAACGUUAAAAUAAUUUAAAAUGGAGAUUUCAUCCUAGAGUUAAUCAAAAUUUGAAUCCUGGAGACAUUUUGCUUCAUCUUGCUGGAUUUUUUUUUUUGUUGCAUCUUACAGUUGGGCCAGAUACGUUGAGUAGAAUAACUGAGAAAGUAGAAGCAAAAUGCUGCGGAUGGUGGGGAAUCUACAAUAACAGUACAGUGCUGCAGAAACUCAACAGUUCUGGCAGCAUUUGUGGAGAGAAUCAGUUGAUGUUUAGAGUUCAAUAUGGGCUCUUCAAAACUGUUGUCUAGAAAAGUGGUGCAUUUAAUGCUGUUCGCGUGGAGGGGAGGAAGAGGAGCAAGUGGAAUGGAUGGUGAAGAUGCUCCAGAGCAAAAGGCAAAGGAAGUGCUAAUGAUGAUAGUAUGACGUAGAGGUGCCGGCGUUGGACUAGGGUGGACAAGGUCAGAAAUCGCACAGCACCAGGUUAUAGU